AUGCCUGAUGACCCUCAUCCAGAAUGGACCGUCACCUGCGACACUUGCCAUAAAACCUUGGAGUGGUUCGUUUGCAAGACUAAUACCAAUGGAAACCAAGCUAAAUGGAUGGCUUGUUGUGUCGUUGGCAAAUGCUACUUCUUCUGUAGCGCAUACAGUCAAAAUGGCAUGCCACUUCAUUCACCUGAACUUCCCCAAGGUGACUCACAGUCGCCACCUUGGAAGAAACCCCACAGGGGUAAGGGCAAGUGCCGCAUUCAUGGUUGCCCCAACAUUCAUAUUAAUGUGAAGUGUGGGUGGAGUGUUUGCGCAAGACACUGUCGCGGACUUGGUGGCUGUGGUCUCAAAGACCAUACACCAUUGAAUCAACCCCUUGCUGAUGAUGAUGAUCUGGAACCGGACGGAAAUGCAUCUCGCUUGGACGAAGAUGUUCUCGAGCUGUCAGAUAAUGAUCUGAUCUAUGAAAACAAUCUGACUGACAAGGAGGAAGAUCAACUAGUCUCAGAUCCUGCCUGUUCUGCUGCUCCCACUCUGGAUGAUCCUCCUAUUCCCACUCUGGAUCCUCCUUCGGCUCCAGCAGCAGGUCCAUCUAAUGGCAAGGGCAAGAAUCGUGCCAUGCCUGUCCAUCCAAACCAGUGUCUUCUGUCAAAAUCUCCACCUAAGCCUACCUCAAACCAACCCAAGCAUUCUUUACAGCUCCCACCCCUCUUUACUAUGCAGUUGGAGCAGGAACAUUACCUGGAUGAGAAACAACAUCAGCAUGAUGCUGCUCGUAUCAAGAGCAGUCAGUGUGCGAAGUACAGCGUCACUGUGCAUGCAUUUGUCCAGAAUGGUGAUCCACCAUCAUCCUUCGUCUUCCAGACAGGGUUUGAAUGGCUACACUUCUAUCUCAUGUAUGAGGUGCUCCGUGAGCUUGAUCUACCUGCUACUAACCUGGAAGACAUCAGAGAUGGAUAUCAACCAUCCAAGCUACACCUUUUUGACCCCAGCACACGGGCUUGGUGA